AGCUUCUCAAUUAUUAGUUAGCUAGGCACCCUACAGCUCUGAUCUGUAGGGUAAUCUUCCUAGUCAUGGCAUCUGCCUCUUGCCUUAGCCUGCUGGUGGUGCUGGUGGCGCUGGCCUCGGCUGCGUCGGCGCAGCUGUCGUCGACGUUCUACGACACGUCGUGCCCCAGGGCCCUGGCCACCAUCAAGAGCGCCGUCACGUCGGCCGUGAAUAACGAGCCGCGCAUGGGGGCGUCGCUGCUCAGGCUGCACUUCCACGACUGCUUCGUCGAUGGCUGCGACGCAUCUGUGCUGCUGAAUGACACGGCUACCUUCACCGGCGAGCAGGGGGCGAUCCCAAACAGGAAUUCUCUGAGAGGCUUCACUGUCAUCGACAACAUCAAGGCGCAGGUGGAGGCCGUGUGCAAUCAGACCGUCUCCUGCGCCGACAUCCUCGCCGUCGCCGCCCGUGACUCCGUCGUAGCGCUGGGAGGGCCGUCAUGGACGGUUCUUCUUGGUAGAAGGGACUCGACCACUGCGAGCAAGGCGAAUGCAGAGAGCGACCUGCCUGCACCUUCCUUCGAUCUCGCCAAUCUCACCCAGGCGUUCGCGAAUAAGGGCUUGAAUGUCACCGACAUGGUUGCUCUGUCCGGGGGGCACACGAUCGGUCAGGCGCAGUGCCGCUUCUUCCGCGACCACAUCUACAACGACACCAACAUCAACUCGACCUUGGCGUCGUCGCUGCAGGCGAACUGCCCCCGCGCGAGCGGCAGCGGCGACGCCACCCUGGCGCCGCUGGACGCGACGUCGCCCACCGCGUUCGACAACGCCUACUUCAGCAACCUGGUGUCCCAGAGGGGGCUCCUGCACUCGGACCAGGAGCUCUUCAACGGCGGCGGCACUGACGGGACGGUCCGGAGCUUCGCGUCCAGCUCGUCGGCGUUCAGCAGCGCCUUCGCGGCAGCGAUGGUGAAGAUGGGGAACAUCAGCCCCAAGACGGGGAGCCAGGGCCAGAUCAGGAGCACCUGCUCCAAGGUCAACGGAUCCUGAUCGCUCUCGGAUCGUGCAUGUGUAGUACGCGUGUGCGUACGUGUCGAAUAAGGUCUAGUACCAACUACGGAUGGGAGUAUGUAUCCUCGUGCAAAGGCAUGGAGAUUAAUUUGGAGCGGUGGCAGUUUGCAAA